GCCCGCGGCCUCCUUCCCCGCCGGGCCGAGGCGAAGCAAGGGCCCGGGCGAGGCGAGGGCCGGGCGGCGGGCGCCGGGCCCCGCGGCCGGCACGACGGAGCCCCCGCACGGCCGGCGGCAGCGGUUGGCGACGGCCCCGGGCCCCCGGCGCGGGAAGCGGCGGCGAGGCGGCGGCGGCGGCGGCGCCAUGGAGCCGCGGGAGGUGAAGGACCGGAUCCUGGAGAACAUCUCGCUGUCGGUGAAGAAGUUGCAGAGCUACUUUGCUGCGUGUGAGGAUGAGACCCCUGCCAUCCGGAACCAUGACAAGGUGCUGCAGCGACUGUGUGAGCACCUGGACCACGCCCUGCUGUACGGACUGCAAGACCUCUCAUCUGGCUACUGGGUGCUCGUGGUGCAUUUCACCCGGAGAGAGGCCAUCAAGCAGAUCGAGGUGCUGCAGCAUGUGGCCACCAACCUGGGGCGCAGCCGGGCCUGGCUGUACUUGGCCCUCAACGAGAACUCCUUGGAAAGCUACUUGCGGCUGUUCCAGGAGAACCUGGGCCUGCUCCAUAAGUACUACGUCAAGAACGCCCUGGUCUGCAGCCAUGAUCACCUGACUCUCUUCCUGACCUUGGUGUCUGGGCUGGAGUUCAUCCGAUUCGACCUGGAUCUGGAUGCCCCUUACCUGGACCUGGCCCCCUACAUGCCUGACUACUACAAACCUCAGUACCUGCUGGACUUUGAAGACCGUCUCCCUAGCUCAGUCCACGGCUCGGACAGCCUGUCCCUCAACUCCUUCAACUCUGUCACCUCUACCAACCUGGAAUGGGAUGACAGUGCAAUUGCCCCAUCGAGUGAAGAUUAUGAUUUUGGAGAUGUGUUUCCAGCAGUGCCGUCUGUACCCAGCACAGACUGGGAAGAUGGAGAUCUCACAGACACCGUCAGCGGCCCCCGCUCCACCGCCUCAGACCCAACCAGCAGCAAGGCUUCUACCAGGAGCCCCACCCAGCGCCACAACCCUUUCAACGAGGAGCAGGCAGAGACCGUGUCCUCCUCUGAUACCACCCCUGUGCACACCACCUCCCAGGAGAAGGAGGAGUCCCAGGCCCUGGACCUGUCAGACGCCUGCGCAGAGCUCGAGGUCAUCAGGGUCACCAAGAAGAAGAAAAUUGCUAAGAAGAAGAAGACCAGAUCGGAUGAGGAUGCAAGUCCACUUCACCCAGCCUCUAGCCAGCAGAAAUGUGACAGGCCGGAGGAUGGUGACAGCCUUGUCAGCAGCCCAGGCCCAGGGCGGGACUCACCGGACACUGCCCUUGCUUCCCCCCAGGAGGAGGGAGAGGAGCCCAGCGGCACAGCCGAGGUCAGCGAGCGCCCGGAGCUUGGUGAGAUGGGCUUGCUGAUCCCUGAAAUGAAGGACACCUCCAUGGAGCGCUUGGGGCAGCCCCUGAGUAAGGUUAUUGACCAGCUCCAUGGGCAGCUGGACCCCAGUACCUGGUGUUCCCAUGUCGAGCCCCGAGACCAGUCCUUUCGGACAGGCUCUCCCGGGGCUGCCCCGGAGAAGCCACCAUUUUGCGACUUUGGUGAGGGGCUUCAAGCCCCGAUGGACUUCUACCGCUUUACCGUCGAGAGUCCAAGCACUACUACAUCAGGUGGCAGCAACCAUGACCCUACAGGGCUUGGCCAACCGCUGCAUGUUCCUGGUAGCCCUGAGGCUGCUGGCCAAGAAGAAGAGGGAGGAGGAGGAGAGGGACAGACACCUCAACCCCUAGAGGACACCAUGGGGGAGUGUCAGGAGCUAGAGACCCAGUUGCCCCUGGUCAGCAAGGGACCUGUGCCAGAGCCGGAGCCUGGGACUCAGGAGGCUCUUUGCCGGCUCAAGCGAGACCAGCCCAGCCCAUGUCUGAGCAGCGCUGAGGACUCUGGGGUGGAUGAGGGCCAGGGGAGCCCUUCUGAGAUGAUCCAUUCGUCAGAGUUCAGGGUAGACAACAAUCACUUACUCCUGCUUAUGAUCCAUGUGUUUCGAGAAAACGAAGAGCAGCUGUUCAAAAUGAUCCGGAUGAGCACUGGGCACAUGGAGGGCAACCUGCAGCUGCUGUACGUGCUGCUCACAGACUGCUACGUCUACCUGCUCCGGAAAGGGGCCACAGAGAAACCAUACCUGGUGGAAGAGGCCGUUUCUUACAAUGAACUUGACUAUGUGUCGGUCGGCCUCGACCAGCAGACGGUGAAGCUGGUGUGCACCAACCGCAGGAAACAGUUUCUGCUGGACACAGCCGACAUAGCCCUGGCUGAGUUCUUCUUGGCUUCUUUGAAGUCAGCCAUGAUCAAAGGCUGCCGGGAGCCACCCUACCCCAGCAUCCUGACUGAUGCCACCAUGGAGAAACUGGCACUGGCCAAAUUCGUGGCCCAGGAAUCUAAGUGUGAGGCGUCUGCUGUUACUGUGCACUUCUACGGGCUUGUGCACUGGGAGGACCCCCUGGAUGAGUCCCUGGGCCCCGUCCCUUGCCACUGCUCACCCCUCGAGGGCACCAUCACUAAAGAAGGCAUGCUGCGUUACAAGGCGGGCACCUCCUACCUGGGCAAGGAGCACUGGAAGACCUGCUUUGUGGUGCUCAGUAACGGGAUCCUCUACCAGUAUCCCGACCGCACCGAUGUCAUCCCCCUGCUCUCAGUCAACAUGGGGGGGGAGCAGUGCGGUGGCUGCCGGAGAUCCAACACCACGGACCGGCCCCACGCCUUCCAGGUCAUUCUUGCCGACCGGCCCUGCCUGGAGCUGAGCGCUGACAGCGAGGCUGAGAUGGCCGACUGGAUGCAGCACCUCUGCCAGGCCGUGUCUAAAGGGGUCAUCCCCCAGGGGAUAGCUCCCAGCCCCUGCAUCCCCUGCUGCCUGGUGAUCACUGAUGACCGCCUCUUCACGUGCCAUGAGGAUUGCCAGACCAGCUUCUUCCGCUCUUUGGGCACAGCCAAGCUGGCUGACAUCAGUGCCAUCUCCACAGAACCGGACAAGGAGUACUGUGUCUUGGAGUUCUCCCAUGACAGUCAGCAGCUCCUCCUACCCUGGGUCAUCUACUUGAGCUGCACUUCUGAACUGGACCGAUUCCUGUCUGCACUGAACUCCGGGUGGAAAACCAUCUACCAGGUGGACCUCCCCCACAAGGCCAUCCAGGAAGCCUCCAACAAAAAGAAAUUCGAGGAUGCCCUGAGCCUUAUCCACAGCACCUGGCAGCGGAGCGACAGCCUGUGCCGUGGCAGGGCAUCCCGGGACCCCUGGUGCUGAGCAGAGCUGGAUGGUGUCCCUGGUGGGCAGGAAAGGGAAGUGCACUGACCAGCAGGCCUUCUGUCGUGGCUGUUGUUGUGCUGCCCAGGCCAGGCCUCCAGCCAUUCUGCAGCCACUCCUGCCCCUGGUGGCAGAGCCACCAAGUGUGGCUUCAGACAGGGUCUGUCCACUUCCAGGGAUCCAGAACAAGUGUCCCAGGACCCUGGGCAUCUUGCCUGGCAGAUGGCAACUGGAAAUGGCUGGGGGCAGAGUGUCUGAGCCCUGGGGGCCCUGCAGAUGCAUGCCUUCCUCCCUGGGCCAUCACCUCAGUUCAUGCCACCUCUUCAGGAUGGCGACAAGAAUAAUAUCAAUCUAAGGGGGAGCGAAAGGACUGAGGUGGGAGCCCCCUAGUCCUCUUCUGGGUCAGGAACCUGGGAAGAGGUUUGGGGCUGCCUGGGGGCCCUGAGUGCCCAGCCAUUUGUGUUCAUUUUUGAACACUUUCUUGGCUGUACAGGGAAGCUCGAACACUGGUGUCUGCAUGUUUCCUCCUCCUCACUCCAUCCCCGCGCACACAGCUGCCCCCUCACUCUGCAGAGCCUGGGCUAUGGCAGGGCCAGCCCUCCCCGGCUGCCAGAGGCCCUGCAUGCCCACGGACUGGCCCUGCCUCCCCCCAACCCGGCAGUGCCCAUAGGACUCAGGGAGCAGGCAUCUCCUUUUGCCAAGAGCAAAAGAGAGGGAGGAAGGACUCAGAGAAGAGCGGAGCCCACCAGCCUGUUGUCCACGUUGACAUCUCCUGACUGUCCCUGCUUGGCUGGAGCAGGCCCUUCCCGAGAGCUUUGUCAAGAGCCCUCUCGGGAAGGGGUCAGGUGGUUUGGGUUUUGUUUUUUAAAAUAAAAUAGACCUGUUAUAUUGCCAA